AUGCCUCCCAAGAGAAAAGCAGCCGUCAACCACAAGCUUGUGAGGGGAGCCAAGCAGGCCAGGGCAACCAGAAGACAAACCCCGGGAGUACACAUUGUACAGGAGGCAACAGCUGAUGGUGAGUCUGCCAAUUACGGAAAUAUCGAAGGGGGCAACAGAAUUAACGUACAAUCGGCGCAGCUUGUAAAUGCCGCACAGGCUGCCAACUCGGCUACCCAGGUAAAUGAGCAACUGGAAAAAAUACUCCAGUUGCUGGAACAUUCAGCGCCCGGCCCGGUUAGCGCAAACCAACAGGUAAGGCUUGGUUUUAGUUCUCCCGCCAUUUCGCCCAACAUAGGGAGAAUCCCCGAUGCUCACAACGAGGCCGACGGUGACGCGGCUUGGCCAGCCAAUCACAUCGCAGGAUACGGGGAUUCCCUUUCCUUCCGUGCGGAUGGAAUAGACGCGCACGUCAAACAACAGGUGAGGGAAAAAAUCUGGCGUGGCGAGUAUGUCGACCUCGGCACAAUCCUACCAAACACCGAGGGAGGUCACGAGGACGGUACGAUUACCAUGGCGUACGACUCCUCAGUAGGCACUCCGAGGUCCGCACAACCCAGGGGCUGUUGUCCUACAUGGAAACCAUAAGAACGGCGGCACUUCGAUUCGGGGGGGGAUGCCUGGUCAACCUACGACCAACAAUUCCGACACAGAAUGUCAAGGGACCCCUCACGACGCUGGGACAACAUCGACGGGGAGUUGUGGCUGAAGUACAUGGUAACACAGCCGGUACUACAACCAGAAUCAGGCGGACGGGGCGCAAUGACACGCGUAGAGGGGGACAUCGCCAGUCAGGUAUGCUGGGAUUUCAAUAAAUUUGGCUGUAGCAGGGUCAACUGUAAGUACACUCACAAAUGCGGUAAGUGUGGCAAACAUUCCCAUAGCUCUAGGACCUGCUUUCGAGGGAAUGGGGUCCAACCCACGAAUCCUGCAGUGCCUCAGAUAUAAUAUUAUGUUUAAGGCAAAGUAUGUAUGAUCCACUGCUAACACUAUUGCCGAUGCUCUCUCGAGGUUCCAGCUCAAACGCUUCCGAGAGGCAGCACCAGCCGCGGACCAGAACCCCACACCUAUCCCGUGCAACAUAUGGCUGAUCUGAGGCAGGAAGCCGGCAGACUCCUACAACAAUCUCUGUCUACUAAUACAUGGGCCACUUACCAAACAGGCAUCAAUGCCUUGCACCAGUUCCGGUCCGCACACCAGCUACAAGAGGUGUGGCCAGUCCCGCUGGAUCAGGUCGUAAACUUUAUAGCUUAUCUCUCAGUCACUCACCACUCCCCUAACACAGUCAAGACUUACAUUGCAGCGCUGUCUUCACACCACAAAUUCCACGGGCUCACCGACUGUACAAACCAUUUCCUGGUAGGCAAGAUUUUAACCGGCUUACACAAAUCAGCGGGCCGACCAGACACCAGAAAACCGAUCACUGCAGAUCUGCUGCAGGUAGUAACCAACAAUCUGCCUCACGUAUGCUCAUCAGCAUAUGAAGCCAGGCUGUUCAAGGCAGUCUACUGCACAGCCUUCUUCGGUUUCUUUAGGGUUAGCGAACUGGUCCAAACUGGACCCUCAAAAACAGGUUGCGCCAUCCAGAAUUUAAGCUUCUCGGGCAACCACCAGCAGCAUACAACAAUACGGCAGGUGGAAAUCAGAUUGCUACAAUGCUUACAUACGCUUACCAACAAAUUCAAUGUUGCACAAUUAAUUCAAAUAGUCUUUCAUGGUAUUUACUACACUUCUUAUUGUUUACAGUUUGGAUGGUGGGAUCCAGCUACAUGGCCAGGGCACGGCAGUACUUGCUCCUGAAGGGCACCAGUCCGAACCAACCGAGGAUGCUAUGGCUGGCACGAGGGGGAUGAGGUGGAAGGAGCUGGACACCAUUCUGGAUGCACAGGUCAAGGCGACACGGCGCAGCCCCAGAGCCCUCAUCAUUCACCUGGGCUCCAACGACCUGUGCUCGGUCAAGGGCAGCCAACUCUACCUGGACAUGGUGGCAUCAAUCCUUCGGAUACAACUCCAGCUUCCUGACACCAAGAUCAUCGUAUCCUCAAUGCUGCCCAGGCGCUACUGGCACGAUGCCAGGGACCCACUAAAGAUCGAGGGGAUGCGGAAGAAUAUCAACCGCCGACUGGCCAACCGAGUCAAAGAGCUUGGCGGUACCAUGGUGCCACAUCCCCAGAUCCUGGCAUCAGACAAGACAUGGUACGCCUGGGAGGGCGUCCACCUCAGUGACAAAGGACUGUGUGUGUUUACGGACAAUGUUUUGCAUGCCCUGGCGCUUGUUUUGCGCCAGUAAGGAUAUUAUCCCCACAGGUUAGUGUUUCCUUUCAGUACAUAGGCAAGCCGGGCAACAAUGCUAUCUCCGCGCAUCGCGUGGCCGUGGGUGUGGGGUAGCACUCUGGUGCUUUGUGGCGGGGUUCUUGUGGGCUACACGGCUAGUAACAAAUUAACUUGCUUCCAAAUUAAUACUCGUGCUUAACGGGAACCUUUCGGGAAAGCGGGAACCUUUCCGGGGUUACCUGCUUCUCAGUGGGAACCUUGUCUUUCCCGACUUUUCAGCCGGGGAAUCGUAAAAUAACAUACGUUGGGGCAAACAAUUGCCACAUAUAUGGGCCCUGCGGCGGAAGUCGUCUUGUCAAGCGGUAGCUGACAGUUGGGUCCGCGGCGGGAGCCGCACAAUGGUUUUGCUAAUGGGGCCGGGCAGUGGGAUCUGCUUUGGCCGGCUACCUGGGGCCGGGCAGCGGUAGUCUGACUUAGGCCAGCAGCGUGGAGCUGCUUUUGGCAGCGUGGGAGUUGCCAAGCAAUGGUAGCGUUUAAAUAUGCUACCGUGGGGGCCGGACAGCGGUAGCAGUCUCAGGACAGCAGCGCUAGCUGCAAUCGCCGUUUGCCACGCGCGUGGCCAUAGCAACGGUAGCAUUUUGGUAUACACAAUUAGCAGCUAAGUAGCCCACUAGUACCUGCACACCCUCGGCCAUUUAACCCACUCUCAUCUUCUGUUUUUAUUAUAGGCACGGGCAUCCACGGCUCGGUGGCCCGUGCCUCUCCUUGGCAUAUCGCGGGAUAAUUACAUUUAGUACUAACUACUAAAUGACUUUAUCGCGCGUAUCCAAACCAUGGGCUAAUCACGUCUGUAACCCAAUCACCCCUCGUAACUCAAUCACCCCGGGCGACCACCCGGCACCGUGCCCGGGGAAUAAUCCCGCGCAAGCAUCAUCCCGCCCUUUGUUAGUCCGUCAUUCGCGAACAGCCCUUCCCCAAGUACACACGUGUGUCACUGUAUCUAAUCGCUUUCCCACCCACCCACCCACAUAGCUUGCCACUCCUUUUUCUUUCCUUUUCAGCCUGACGUGUCCUCUUAACCUGGAAUGCUAAUCACUUCUUUUCUUCAGCGUUUAUUCUAUUAUAGGUACCAGCAGAGCGGAUUGUAUAUAUGUAAAUAAACCUGUACAAAUGUAAAAUAGGUUUUCCGGGCGCUUGUAUAUAUGUACAUACUUUCUGCUGGUCACACCUAAUUAAUGAAUGGACUGGUCCACUUCCCCUGCUAUGAGGGAUUGUCAAUAUGUUGAGACAAUGAGCUGUAGUGGACAACUACAACAAUGUCUUUAAAAACUCCUCCUUUCUUCAAUUUGCUCCGGUACAUCACAAAUCUUAUUCAAACAUUACCUUUAAACAAGUUGUGGGAUUUGUGUAAGAAUAUACCAAAUGUUCUCAAUCACUAAUACUUCCUUCUCUUGUGUAUGGUAUAACAUAUAAAUAUAUUUGAACAUGAGCUUCAACCUCGUCCAAUUAAGCUAUAGCCGGACCUACGAAAGUUGAGUAUGUCUUGUCCCAGAAAGGUGCCCCACAAGUUCUCCUAGACGUUCACCUCGACUGUGGAUAUACCAUGCGACACAAGGGCCCCGUACAAACAACAACUUAGAAGGUUUCCACUCCAGAAUCGGCAAGUCCCUCCAGCACAAGCAUCCAAAUAUCUUCAGAUUUAUCGAACUGAUCCAGAAGGUAGAAAUUUCGGAGAGAGCGAAACUAGCGCAGAUUCAAUUUGGAGCAGCACCACCACCCAGGAAGGUUGUCUACAGAGAGAAGGAACAGCUUCAUCGCCGUGAAAAGACACCCCUUCAGUACCUGGAUGCAGUUGGUCCACUGAUGAUAAACACUCCCAAUUGACAGACGGCCUAAUCAUCUGACAGACCAGUCAAGUGUGACCAGUGUACCUGCCUGGUCUUACCUCCUAAUUACUGAGCUGCCCAAUACUGCCAUACUCUGGGCAGAGUAAGCUACUCCAACUCGUUGAGUGAUAGAGAUUAACCAGAUUAUGAUUGUGUUUGUAAGUUGCGUUUGAUCUGUGUCGGGUUGCAGUUGUUUUAUUAGGCAAGACCAGGGGUAGAUUUUUCAAUUAAACCUUUCAACCGUU